UGUUAGAGGGAGGGACUUUGGUUGAAUGGCAUAAGAAAUUAGAUUGUGGUUUCACCCAUUCAUCAACUCAGAAUAAGGAUUGGCGUAGGUUCAUUUCUAGGGAUAUUCAAUUUCUAGGAAUUUUUCCAUUUAAUUAAAUGAUAUAGUACGAGUAGGAAAUUAGUUUCAGAUUCCCCCCCCCCCCCCAUCCAUUCCAAUUUCAUUAGGUUUUCAUUUUUAACAAUAGAAAAGGAACUGUCAAUCCUCUGUAGAUCUAACCCUCACACACUGAGCAAUGUCAACUACCCCUCCUUCCACCGCUCCAAACGGCCGAUCCAGGGUUUUCAGCGAAUCAGACGAAAUCCAGAUCCUCAAAUGUUUAAUCAGAGCCACCAAAUCCAUUCCUCCGCCCAUCACCACCGUGGGUACCUCUACCAUCAACCGCAUCAUCAAGCGUCUCGACCACAGGUUCACCGUCUCCCAGAUCACCGACAAGAUCCGCAGGCUCAGAGACAAGCACCACAACCAUGCAAGGAACAGAGCCCUGGUAAGGAACCAUCACGACCGGCGAAUAUUCAAGCUUUCCAAAAGAAUUUGGGGCAAGAAAGCAACACCCAGAAAGAAGAAUAGCAAGUCAGAAGAUCAAGGGGCUAUUGAAAUGGGAGGUGAUGGGGUCGAGAAAUUGGACAAGUUUCCAUACCUGGUGGCUGAGUUUUCCAAGGUUUUGCCCGAAAAUGAAGUGUGGAAACAGAAGAUGAAGAGAGUGGAAGAGGAGAAGUUGAGGAAGAUGGAUCAAGAAUGGGUGAUGUUGAAGGUUGAAGAAGCUAAAUUGGUGGCUAAGAAGGCUGAGUUAAUACAGCAGCAGAUUAUGGAGGUAAUGGGGGGAAAUGGGUCCGCAAAUGGGGUUUAAUUACUUUCUGACUCUUUCUAGUUGGGUUGUGUUUUUAUUAUUUAUUAUAGUACUUGAAUUUUGAUGCUUGGUCGGGCAUGGAGGAUUGAAGUGCAAAGGGAGGAACAAAUUUGGGGUUUAACAAUGUUUUCUUGUGAAGACCCCAUUAAUCCAAAAUGUUGUAAAUGAAGUUGAAGGGUAGCUGCAUUUUGGCUCAUGUGAAAAUUUGUACACUCUGUAGCUUGUGAGUUUAUUUUGUUAGACCCUUUUUAGAUGGUGCUGGUGUUACUGUUUUUAGGGCACAUAAACAGUUCUUAAUUAUCUUUUUCCUUCUUUCUGCGAAAUGGGAAGGAGUUGGUCAAAAGAACCUUUCAAGGAGGCAGAGAGAGGGAAUAGGGUUUUUUCACAAGAUCAAACCUUGGUUUUGGUAAAAAAAUAUGUCUAUAUACAAUACUUUGUUGUAAUUAUAUUUUUAGAUACUUUUAUCACUUAAUAAAAACAUUAUCGAAGUUGAGUUUAAAAA